GAGAAUGCCACGUACUGGUUGACGUUGACAGACUGGCUGACACUUCCUGAUGCUGGUUCCUGGGCUUAGCUAGGCCGGCUAACAAACUAGAACUUCACGGUUCGGGGAAACCUGUGAAAACACAGCGUGGUGAAGUCGUCUGAUUCAGGCAGUGGGAACAACAGAGAUCAGACGACACCAUGAACGGCCAGCUGGACCUGAGCGGCAAGCUGAUCAUCAAAGCCCAGCUGGGCGACGACAUUCGACGCAUCCCUAUCCAUAAUGAAGACAUCACAUACGAUGAGCUGGUGCUGAUGAUGCAGCGUGUCUUCAGAGGCAAGCUGCAGAGUAACGAUGAAGUUACCAUUAAAUACAAAGAUGAAGAUGAUGACCUCAUCACCAUUUUUGACAGCUCUGACCUCUCCUUUGCAAUCCAGUGCAGUAGAAUACUCAAAUUGACAUUAUUUGUGAAUGGUCAGCCACGGCCUUUGGAAUCCAGUCAAGUGAAGUACCUGCGCAGGGAGCUCAUUGAGCUCAGGAAUAAAGUCAACAACCUCCUCGACAGCCUGGAGCCGCCCUUAGAGCCUGGAAUGACCUCCACAGCGCCUGAAAAUGAAUCAAUGGAUGGGCGUGAAGGCAAAGUUCUGGCGGCAGACUCAACAGUGAAACAGGCUCCUCCAGUCAGCGCAGCCAGCAUGUCGGCCUUUGACCCUUUAAAAAACCAGGACGAGGUCAACAAGAAUGUAAUCUCUGCUUUUGGGCUGAGCGAGGACCAGGCCCCUGUUGCUUCCCCUGCUGUUGCAACAGAAGAGCGCUCAGGGACUCCUGACAGCAUUGCUUCCUCCUCUUCUGCAGCGCCUCAGCCUGGAGUGCCCCCUCAGCCACAGGCUCCUUAUGUUGGGGUACAACAGGGACCCCCCGCUGGAGUUGAUGGUCAGGUGUAUCAGCAGUACCAGGCUCCAGGUGGAUACCCUCCUCAGCAGCCAGGUGCGCCACCGCAGCAGCAGUACGCCAUGCAGUAUCCUGCUGGAUACAGUUCUCAGCCUGGAGCCCCUCAACCUGGCCCUCAACAGCAGUUCCAGAACUACCCUCCUCCCUCCUCUCAGGCUCCUGGCCCCGGUCCGGCCCCAACUCCUGGCUUCCAGACCGGCCAGCAGCAGCAGCAGCCGCAGCAGCAGCCGCCACCUCAUCAGCCUCAGGGAGCUCAGCAGUAUCCACCCGGAGCCUUUGCUCCCCAAAACUAUACCUCCCAGGGCUCCCAGCCUGCCAACUACAGCAUGCCGCCGAGCUCCCAGCCUGGCUCAGGGUUUCAACCACGCCCGGGCUUCACCCCGCCGCCAGGCACUGCCGUCACUCCUCCGCCCGGCUCUGCUAAUCCCUACGCCCGCAACCGCCCCCAUUAUGGUCAGGGCUACACUCAGCCGGGGCCUGGGUACCGGUAAAAGAGGGCAGUAGCAGGAUUUAAUAAUCCCUCGCCCCAUCCUCCCCGUUAUGUGGCUCCAACUGUUUAAGGUGUGUGCAGGAAAAAAGGUCGACUGCUCUACAAAUAUCAAGUCCAAAUAUAAGAAAAACUGGCAACCCCUCCCUCCCUGUCUGAUGGUUAGUGUUCGUACACACCCCUCUGUUCUGGUCCUGAUGUUUGCUCCUCACCUUAUUUACCCCUCCCUCUGUUCUCCUGCCGCCUCCACCGGGUGUUCUGCCCCCCUGUGUCUGUCGUCUUAACAACAGACCCAGUCUGUAUGCGCACACCUGGGAGACCAAAACAUGCUGUUGCACAAGCUGUUCUUCGUCCUUUUCAUGAUAAGGUGUUGUUUUGCGAGUGGGAUCAGAAUUUGUGACAAAAUUCUUCAACAGCUUUGAGUUUACUCUGUAGGACACUAUCACGACAAACGUUAGCACGGUGUUUUUGUUUGUUUUAUUUUUUGAUUAACUUCACCACCAUGUUGGUAUUAAUAAUGUGUCUGCCCCAUGUUGGGAACACUAUAGCUACUGGUUUGGGUAAUGAAGGCUUUUAUCGUUUAGUUUCUUACCGUCGGUCACCUCCAGCACAGCUUGUAUUCCUUUCUUUCUUCUCACUGGUUUUUACUAAUGUAUAUCAAAUUAAAUUCCUCUCUCAAAUGAGAUUAGUUGUUCAUGUAUAAAUGUUAACAUUUCUUUUUUUUUGUUUGUUUGUUUCUUGAAUCGAAUAAAGAAUUGAGACCCA